GUACGAUUCCUCGAGCAACAGAACAAAGUGCUGGAAACCAAAUGGGACUUGCUAUACCAGCAGGGCACUCCGGCUCUGAGGGACAAUCUUGAACCCCUCUAUGAGGCAUAUAUUGACAGCCUCCGACGACAGUUGGACGGUCUAGUCAGUGAUAAAAACCACCUGGAUAUUGAACUGAAGAAUACACAAGAGCUUGUCGAGGAUUUCAAGAACAAAUACGAGGAUGAAAUUAACAAACGUACCGCUUGUGAGAACGACUUUGUGGUGCUCAAAAAGGACGUGGAUGGUUCCUACAUGCACAAGAUUGAUCUGGGAUCCAAGACAGAUUCCUUGACACAGCACAUCCAAUUCUUAAGAGCACUCUUUGAUUCG